CUCAAGCCUUCGACUCCAGCCUCGGACUCAGGCCGGGCGCCCAAGCGUGAGCCCAAACCUUCGCACCCAGCAUCCACCCCGGGCUCGAACCGCCUUGUCGUGCCGAGGGCAUGCGGAGGGGCGCGAGCACGGCGUGCCUGGCGGUGGAGCGCCCCCCCGCCGGCCGGGCGAUGCCCGCGGCGGCGCCCGCGCGGGAGCUCGUGCCAGAGGCGGGCUCGCGAGAGGAAGAGCUCGGCGUGUGCGUACCACGCCAUGUGGCCAGCCAGGGCGGCGGCGCGGGCGGGGAGAAGGCCCCGGCCGAGGCGGCGCGACUGGAUGCCGCGGUGUCCGAGCUGCUGCAUCGGGCCACGCCUGGCAUCCACGCCGCCCUCCGGGGGGCCGCCCGCGACAGCCUGGCCGCCCUGCUACGCGAGGAAAACACGACUCCAUGUUGGCGGAUGCCCUCGGAGGGGAGCCUCCUCUCGGUGGGGCCCGAAGGAAGCCCGCGGGCGUUGCCUCCGCCGCUGCGCCACGACUCGUUGCUGCCGCGCGCGCCGUCGGAGGCGCUGGCGGAGAAAAAACGCUCCACGGACGGCCGCGGGGAGCGUGGAGAUGGGCGUUCAUCAGAGACGGCGGCCUCGGCGUACUAUGGCAGCCCUGGGUGCGAUGCCAGCCACGACGAUCAUGUGUCAGAGGAGGGAAACUGCCGCGGGGAGCGUGGAGAUGAACGUUCAUCAGAGAUGGCGGCCUCGGCGUACUAUGGCAGCCCUGGGUACAAUGCCAGCCUCGACGAUCAUGUGCCAAGGGAGGGAAACUUGCCGGUACUGGCGCCCCUCCGUUAUUCUCGCCUCUUUGGGCCUCCCUGGGGCCUCUCGCUGCCACGGUUGGGCUCGCCCUGGGAUCUUGGUCAGAACGCAGCCUGGGAGCGGCCUAGGGAGCAGGUGUAUCCUUACCUUUUCCGUUCCCCCGAGGGCCUUCAGACAGAAAUGAGCCCGAAGAGCAUGCCCAUGAUGACCCAGGCUUCUUCGAGGCCUUCGUUGUCUUCGGGCUUUCGGGAGAAGCUCGCGAACCCCAUGGCGUGGAAGGCGCUACUCGACGAGCUGUCGCUUGCGUUCAUUGUCGCGAACUCGUUCACGGUGGCUUUCAGCCUCGAUUUGGGAGAGGAUUGGCCAGGGUGGUUCAUGCUCGAAUCGUUCUUCACACUGUUCUUCGUCGUCGAGUUGUUCUGCAGGGUGUGGCUGUGGGGCCUCUGGAGAUUCCUGACCGGGCCAGAGCGCUUUUGGCAUUUUGCGGAUAUCGUUUUCGUGUCUUCUUCUAUCGUGGACACCGUCAUCGCGCUGCUCGCGACGACGUCUGCGAUGGGGUUCUUUUCGAUUCUCCGGCUCAUUCGCUUGAUCCGGGUUGCGCGGAUGUUGCGGGUGGUGAAGAAACCGAUGUUCAGAGAGUUACUUCUCAUGCUAGAAUUGGUCAAAGCUGGUAUGUCGACCACCUUCUGGGCAGCCGUGGUCCUCUCCUGUGUCGUUUUCAUGCUGGGCCUGAUGAUGCGGCAGACGCUGGGGCGGUGGUGCGUGGGCAACGAGGACGAGCGCAGCCAAUACUGCAAAACUGGCCACCUUGCCGAUUACACUGAGAAUUUGUUCUCCACCCUACCAAGAGCUUGUUUCACUGUGUUCAGGUGCUUCACAGAAGGAUGUGAAUCUGUAGAUGGGACUCCAUUGUUAGUGCACAUUCUGGAGAUCCCGUUCUUUGGAACUUGCGCUGUUUGUUGUUAUUUUGCUGUUUACAUGUUUGUGGUGUUCGGCGUCUUCAACAUCAUAACUGGUGUCUUGGUUGAAAAGUCCAUUGCGUCCGCUAGGUUGAGCGAGCUCGCCGUGGCGCAGGAGAUGAAGCAGAACAUGCUCAUGAAAUGCAAGAAACUUGGGCGUCUCCUCAAGAGGCGUAUCUCGGGCAACCAUUCCGAUGAUCCCGUAGUGAUGGGCAGACAAGUAUUUGCGACGAUCGUGGCGACGUAUCCAGAUGUUCUGGAGCUCCUCCAGGACAUUGUCGACAUCGAGGCGGACAGCAAGAUCAUCUUUGACGUGAUCGACGUGAAACAUCGAGGCCUUUUAGAUGUGGAUGAUUUCGUGAUGGCACUCCAGAGCAUGCAGCUACUAAAGAAGGCUAGCCCGAGCCUGCGCCUGAUGGAGGCAGAGCUGGCCUUCGCGGCGCUGUCGCAGAGCGCGCAGGUGCUGCCGCGUUUUUCGCUGAGCUCUGAGAGCUCCUGCUGAUGGCCCUCUGGGGCACGACUUGAGCGGCCCGCGGGAGAAUUCGGCAUAAAGGACAAGGCAUCCUGGGAGAAGCGUUUCCCGAAAAUCCCAAGAGGCCCCUUUCGUGUCACUUCUGGUGUGUACGUACUAGUCGCCGCACCUGUUCCCCCCCGCCACUUCCCCUCUUUUCCUGCCCCCCCCCCUCGCAACCCCUUGUUGUUGUUCUCAUAGUGUACAGAUCACAUGUGCUCCUUUUAGCUAGCGCUCAUCUUACUAGUAGCAUUCCUGUACAUUUCUCUUCAGAUAGCAUGUUUCUUUUUUGGGUCGCGCAGGGGACAUCGAAUUCUGGCACCGCUGUAUCACCCGGUGGCCACACCAACCUCACUAUCGGCGAAUUGGUCGUAUGGCCGCUUCAUGUUGGGGCUCUCAAACGGCAGAGUCACCGUUUUUAGUAAAUCCACGGGCGAUCUACAUGGUUGAUUUGCUAUUCGUUUUAUUUUUUGCGCUGGAGGAGCACACGCUGCGUUAUCUUGACGCGGUUGUCUGUGUCGAGGCGAACUUCGAUGCGUAUGCAAGGGUCCACUAUAUCGACUGGCGAAGGAACAGCGUUGCGAUACUUUGAUUGCGUCA